AUGCCCCAGCUUCCGACACUACCACGGGAGCUCAUCGACCACAUCAUCUCAUCACUCAUCGCCCUUUAUGACCACGACCCAGCCCACCAAUGGACAUACCUACGCCACAUAACGCGCCACCACAAAGCACAUCUCGAGCAAAACUUCCUCAACUUUUGGGUUCCCAAGCUGUCAUUCCAAAUCGGUGACUAUCACCGCUCACGGGCCUCUGCCGAAUUUCAAGCUCUCAAACAACCUUGCAACAGUGCCUACUCAACGGCAGCCUGCUCCAACGCUUUCCAUUCACACCUGCCAACAGCCUCACACACAAGUUUCUUGCCCUUAUCGAGGUGCGCAUGCUGCUUGAAGCCAUUCCUUCGUUCGGGGCUCCAGGCUGCCGCAUCUUUGCCGACAUGCGACCAGAGCUUUACCGGAAGGAAUGAGGAUGCAGACAUAAUAACUUUCAAAGAGAUGUGGGGUCUUAGUUUAUCCGACGUGCCACAAGGCUGGCCUGAGGAAACCAGAAGAUCAAACGACAGAAAGCCAUGGGAGCAAUUGGACUUGAACGUCAUAGUGCGGUUCGGCCAAGGCACACUGAACAGAGGUUAUACAAAAGGCGGUAUGAGGAACGACAUCAUCAUCCCCGGUUUCUCGCUCAAUGUUGAUACUUUGCCCUGGGAAUUCUCGUUUGAUUGGAAAGCGCUCUUUACCCGGCUCUUCACUGAAGAAACGGUCAUGCGGACGUUUCGGGAUAAGCUCCUCGAUGCAUUCGUCCCGACCUUGCAAGAAGAGAAUUUGAGUCCAGAGUUGAGGAAAUCAGCUAUUCACCGUCACCUGCGUAAUCACUUCUACGACCAGCGUAGGACUGUGCUUGCCGCUUACCGUUGGUACAAGUAUUCUCCCAAACACAACGAACAUGACAGUGCCAGAUAUCUUUGCAGCCCCGAACAAGGCCGUGGACGAUUUGCUGGAUUACAUUCUGAAGGGCAGUGGGUCUGUGGGCAUAUUCGAUGCGACCAACAGUACGCUGGCGCGACGACAGCAGAUCAUGGAGCGGAUACGAGAUCGUGCUGGACCAGAACUCAAUGUUUUGUUCGUCAAGAGCGACCCUUUGACUUCACACCCUAUGUUUACGGAGGCGGAGAGAAGCUUUACGGUGAUCUAUUCGAACAUUUUGAUGAGCUCGACAUCGAAGAGAGUAUGGUAUUUCAAGUCCCCAAUUGGGAGACUUUAGCUAUACGCGACAUAUUGCAGCUGCGUGUAGGUGAAGACAUGGUUGAAGUGCACUCCGUUCGGCCGGAGGAUGUGUACGGAUAUUCUGAUCAAAUACAUGGGUUCCUUUGUAAGGAGUACUUUGAGGGUCAUUUCAAAGAAGGAGAGGAAAGGCAUCCGGCCAGUGACGUAGUGCUCGAGAAGCGUUUGAGAGAGGAUGGAGACCUGGAUCUCGAGGCGUUUUGGCCUUGA